AUGACUGUUGGGACUGGCUACAAAAGAAGAACCUACAUAUUAUUUUUCUACUUUUCUAUUCAACACAUAACAUCAGAUAUAAUGGUUGAAGAGGAUAUUCACUCCAGCUUUAUCCAGCGUCAACUGAAGGGCCAAGAACGUAGAGAGAUACAGAGAGAGAUUUUAUCUGUUUUGGGAUUGCCACAUAGACCAAGACCUCACUUACAUGGGAAGAAUACAUCUGCACCAAUAUUCAUGAUGAAUCUAUAUAAUUCAAUAAGUAUCAGUGAAGAGAAAGAUGGUUUACAGUACUUUAAUAUUUUUGCCAAGGAUCAUCCUUCCCUUGUCCACCUUCAUGAGAACCACUUUCAUGCUGAUGCUGAUUUUGUCAUGAGUUUUGUUAACCUAGUGGAGAAUGACACAAAAUUCUGUCACCGGUGCUACAGCAAAGAGUUCAGGUUUGAUCUUUCUGAUGUUCCAGUUGGGGAGCAAGUGACAGCAGCUGAGCUGCGCAUGUAUAAAGAUCCAACUAACCAAAAUGAAACCUAUCAGAUCAGCAUCUACCAGGUCCUUCAGGAGCAUCCUAGUCAAUUGUUAAAGCUGGACAGCCAGAUAAUAAGUGGUGCAGAAAGUGGAUGGUUGACAUUUGACAUUACUGCAUCUAGCAAUGAUUGGGUAGAUAAUUCACGGGACAAUCUUGGUCUACAACUGAGAAUAGAAACUAUGCAAAGGAAAAGUGUUAAACCUCGAUCAGUGGGUCUAGUUGGUAGGAGCGGACCACAGGAGAAGCGACCAUUUAUGGUGGCAUUUUUUAAAACUGCAACAAUUCAUCCACGUAGUAUUCGUUCUACAAGCGGUAAACACAGAAACCAAGAUAAAAAGGCAGUAAAGGAGCACAACCUUCCAUUAGCCAAUAUUACAGAGAGCUUUAUGAGCAGCAGCAGUAGUAAUAGUGGGCGUCGUUUCUUUAAACAGGCCUGCAAGAAGCAUGAGCUAUAUGUGAGUUUCCGUGACCUUGGCUGGCAAGAUUGGAUAAUUGCCCCAGAAGGAUACGCAGCUUACUACUGUGAAGGGGAAUGUGCUUUUCCACUAAAUUCUUACAUGAAUGCCACUAAUCAUGCAAUUGUCCAAACCUUAGUUCACUUUAUUAAUCCUGAGACUGUUCCAAAGCCAUGUUGUGCUCCUACAGAUCUGCAGGGAAUCUCUGUCUUGUAUUUUGAUGACAGUUCUAAUGUUAUAUUAAAGAAGUAUAGAAACAUGGUAGUGAGAUCAUGUGGCUGCCACUAGA